UCUUCAUUUCUAAUUGACAACCUGUAACAAUGGCAAUGCAAACGCGCGCGGUUGAGAACGAUCUCGUCGGUGUCAUUCUUGACGACCACCAGCAUUUGCUGGAGCUCUUCCGAGAGUUUGACUGCGAAAAGGCGAAAAGCAAGCGCAAGACAGACAUGGCAAAGCACAUAAUCAAGCAGCUGGCGCUGCACGACUGGCUGGAAGUGCAAUUCCUCUACCCUACAAUGCAAAAGAUUGAUUGCACCGCCACGCACCACGCCCUCGAUGCGCACAUGGAGGCCGAAACGCUGAUUGAGCAACUCCUGUCCGGCGACAUGGAUCCGGAAUCGGAGGCCUUCCGCGAGCAAAUGUCAACGCUCAUCACCGACGUGCGCCGUCAUAUGAUGGACGAGGAGUUUAACAUUUUGCCUCAGCUGCGCAAGCACUUUACAGUGACAGAGCUGGUUAACCGGGGCGAGCUCUGGGAAAAGGCCAAGGCGUGUGCUCCACAAAACCCGCGGCUCGCUCCUGCUCUUUCGCUGCACCAAGGCAUCACAGCCGCCCAGCUGGAUCUCAACCCGGCAGCAGACGAGCUGAGUGCUCACUGAGUGUGCAGGGGCGUACAGCGCGAGGAUGGGAAUUAUUGUAUGUCGGAAGUCGGAAACAACAAACAAACAAACAAACAAACAAACAAACAACAAACAAACAAACAAAAA